AUGGCCAUUGAAAUCUCUCGCCUUACUGAGGCAGAUAUUCCUGGCGCAGUGGCAGCUAUCCAGAGAAGCUUCAUUGAUGAUCCUUAUGAGGAAUGGAUGUAUUACCAGUCAACGUUCAGCCCGCAACGGAGUUGCGCAUCGCUCACGGCACGGUGUCAACUGGGCAUACACAACGAGCUUUUUUAUGUGGCCAAGGAAGCGGGCAGCGACAAGGUUCUUGGUGUGGCGAUGUGGCUCCGGCCCCGACCUGAGGGCCAAAAGCUGUCCUGGGUCCAAUGGGCAAACUCAUGGCGUUUCUGGUUCUCGCAACUGGCCGUGAACAUCUGGCAUGGCCGGGGAGGUCUGAAUGUUAAGAGAUAUUACAUCUUCAAGGCAGCACAGGCGCAGGCGAUCGAGGCCAUCUGGAUCGAGCCACGUGGCUACUAUUUCCUCAACACGAUUGCGAUAGUGCCAGAGGCCCAGGGCAAGGGCAUCGGGCGGAAGCUGGUGUCAGUGGUGACGGACAGAGCCGAUGCUGAACAGAUGCCAUGCUAUCUCGAGUCGAGCAAGGCGCAGCCCAAUAUGGCGAUCUACGAGCGAUGGGGCUUCCAGUUUGUGAGGGAGCUGACCUGCGACGAUGACGGGGCCGUGUGCAAGCUAUAUUGCAUGGUGAGGAAAGCCCGGCAGAAAGAGGAGGAAUUAAGGGGUGAAAGGAAGGCGGAUUGA